AUGGCGGAUCAGAACGAUGAGGAGUCGGGUAAAGCAGGGAAGAAGAACCCGCCACCUCCAUCGAUAUCGCCAAUGGACAUCGGCGCAUCGACAUCGACAUCGGCAUCGGCAUCGACAUCGACAUCGACAUCGGCGGAGUACCAGCUGAAGAAGUACCUGCUGCUGCUGGCCACCCUGGUGGCGACGGUGACCUACGCGGCGGGGCUCAACCCGCCGGGGGGUUCCUGGCUGGAGGACGACACCGACACGUCGUCGCGGCACUUGGCCGGCGACUCCAUUCUCCGGGAGACCAACUACAUCCGCUACAUCGUCUUCUACUGCUUCAACGCCAUCUCCUUCGCGGCGUCGCUCGUCGUCAGCCUCCUGCUCCUCCUCCUGCACAGGGGCGACCAGGGCUGGCUGCUCAAGCUCACGCGGGCGGUCAUGGUGGUCGACCUGCUCAGCCUCAUGGGCGCCUACGCCGCCGGAGGCAGCCACGACAGGUUCACCACGGUCUGCGCCGCCGGGCUGGUCGGCGCCACCUUUGCUUGCAUCAGCUUCGUCGUCCCCUGCAUGAUAUUUAAACAAGACAAGGCGGCAACCGCAACGCGGUCGCCGGGCGACAACCACGAGCACGACCACCACCACGAGCACGACCACGAGCAGUCCAAGCACGAGAUCCUGCUGGUGCUCGCCAUCUUCGUGGCCACCAUCGCGUACGUGGCCGGGCUGAACCCACCGGGUGGCUUCUGGCGGAGCACAGAGGAAGGUCACCACACCGCCGGCAACCCCGUGCUGCAGGGCUUCCAUCCGAUCCGCUACAAGUUCUUCUUCUUCAGCAACACCGCCGCCUUCGUCACGUCGCUGCUGGCUAUCACCUUCACCGCCUACGAGAAGGUGGACCUCAAGGCUGUCAAGGUUCCGCUGUGUGGGCUCAUCAUCACGGGGAUCUUGGGCCUCGCCGGCGCCUACGCCGCUGGAAGCUGCAGGGACAGCAAGCACACCGGCUAUGUUCUAGCCCUAAUUGUCCCAGUUCUUGGCUGCAUCUUUCUACAACGGUUUCUUGCCAUCAAUCUGCAACAUCACUUCAGCUUUGGUAGCGGGUCAACAGGCAGUGGAGAACGCAAUGAUCUGGAGAAGCCUCGUGAAGUCAUUCAGUUGCUUGCCACUCUUGCGGCGACGGUCGCUUACCAAGCAGGAGUGGAUCCACCUGGCGGCGUCUGGGCUGACAACAGGGAGGGCCACAUCGUCGGAGACCCGAUCCUCCUGACGACGCAUCCCGGGCGGUACAGGGUCUUCUUCUACUUUAACUCGGCGGCCUUUGUGGCGUCCCUGGUCAUCAUGGUGAUGCUGCAGAGCGAGCGCCUCGUGAGAGGGCACGCGCUGGAGGCGGCCAUGAUCCUGGACCUGUUCGGCCUUAUAGGCGCGUACGCCGCCGGGAGUAGCAGGGACACGAGCACCUCCAUCUACACGCUCGCCAUCGCCGGCGGCGUCCUUGUCUACGUGGUGAUCCACGUCGUGUUCUUCACGCUAGACCACCACCACCCCGGCAGCAAGAAGGGCGGCGGUGAGGAAGCUAAGAAGGAGGAGGAGGAUAUGAUGGAGAAGAAGCGCGAGGUGCUGCUGCUCCUCGCAAUCUUGGCGGCAACCCUCACCUAUCAGGCUGGCUUGACGCCGCCGGGCGGCCUGUGGGAGAACGGGCGCCGCGCCGGCUUCCCGGUGCUCCUGGACAAGUACCCUCGCCGUUACAAGGCCUUCUUCUACUGCAACGCGGCGAGCUUUAUGGCGUCCGUGGCGCUCAUCGUGCUCCUCCUCAACCCGACCCUGUAUGGGCCGGGCAUCAAGUGCUACGCGCUCUUUGUCUGCAUGGUGGCCGGCAUGUUCGGCCUCAUCGGUGCCUACGCUGCCGGAAGCUCGCUGCAUCUGGGAACCUCCAUUGUUGACCUGGCAUUGGUUAUCGCGGUCUUCGCAAUCGUAGUCUAUGUGGCCAUCAUCCGCCAUGGUCAACAGCAAAACAAGGAGCCGCCUAAAGGUGAAGCAGAAGGUAGCAAGAACCAGUCCUCAACGACGACGACUGAAACGACACAUGGUCAGUCUUCAGACGUGAUGAUGGCCAAGUACCUGAUGCUGGUAGGGAUACUGGCUGCCAGCGUCACCUACCUCACCGGCCUGAAACCACCGGGUGGCCUGUGGAGGGAGGACGGCGCCGGGCACGACGCCGGCAACCCGGUCCUCUACGACGUCGACAGGCAUCGGUACAACGCUUUCUUCUACAGCAACUCCACUUCCUUCAUGGCUUCCAUCACCGUCAUCGCCCUGCUGCUUUCGCGGAUGAUACUUGGAAGCAAAAGCAACAAGCCUCUUUGGCCCAUGCACACGGCCAUGCUGCUGGACAUGCUCGCCCUCCUGGGAGCCUACGCGGCAGGCAGCGCUCGGGACUGGUGCACGUCCAAGGAUGUCGCCCUGCUUCUCUUCCCUGUUCUUGCCUUCGUUUUGCUGCUCUUCUUCUGGAAGAAAGGACCACAACCUGCCAACACCUAA